AUGGAUCCCCACUUAAUUUCUCAUGCAAUAAAAAUUUUCCAGUUGCUAGCUUUUGUCUCUGCGAGUGUCAUCGACGACAACAAUCAACUACCGGUUGUGUUUCAGGUUAUCGAGUCUAAUCGGACCCAGUGCACCGGCCCAUUCCCAACCGGUCAGCUUAAUGUUGUUCCUCCUCUGGUCACAACGGAUUUCGUAUGUCGAGACGAGGGAAAUUGCAACCCGCGGUUUGUCCGAUCCUCACUUUACGGUGUUCCAAUCACAUCGGAUAUGCUGAAAACCGUGGGCAUUCCGUUUACCCUCACCAUUUCUCCAUUUGCCACGCUGCACCCAGAGGACCAACCGAUUGUGAUCAGCGAUAUGGGCGAGCAAGGUCCCGUUCGUUGCGUCAGAUGCCGUGGUUACAUGAGUCCAUUCAUGAGCUUCAUCGAUGGAGGGCGGCGUUUUCAAUGUCCCUUAUGUAACGGGGUUACGGAAGUUCCGACUAACUAUUUCGCGCACCUGGAUCACACGGGACGCCGAACAGAUACGUAUCACAGACCGGAGCUAUGCCUUGGUAGUUACGAGUUGCUCGCGACGGCCGAGUAUUGCAAGAACAAUGUGCUUCCCAAACCUCCCGCAUUCAUCUUUAUUCUGGAUGUAUCCCAGGCCUCCAUCCGUUCGGGACUUGUACACUUGUUUUGCACGCAGUUUGUGGAUCGAAUUUUGCCGAAGUUGCCAAAAGACGAAAGCCAGCCACAUGAUGCAUCCUCGAUUGUCUUGGGGUUUAUCACCUACGAUCAUCAGCUCCAGUUUUAUGCCUUUGCUCGUGAACGCCCUUGUCUAGAAAACGGUGCUGCUAAUGGACUACCACCUAUUACCCAUGACUACUUGAAACUACAGAUGCACAUUGUUUCCGACGUCGAUGAUGUAUUUGUCCCGGCCAUCGAAGGCUUUCUGGUACCUCCAGAUUCUGGACCUAUCAGCAAUCUUCUUCAAGUGAUCCCUGCUCAGUUCGGUCCAGACUCAGCAACCGCUGCCCCAGACGCGAUGUUAGGUCCCGCGAUCCAGGCCGGUUUGGAGGCGUUACGCGCUGCUGGUCGUCCAGGAAAGCUUUUUGUAUUCCAUUGCAACUUGCCAACAGCCGAGGCUCCGGGAAAAUUGAAAAAUCGCGAUGACCGACGCCUCAUUGGCACAGAGAAAGAAAAAGGAUUGCUUGCUCCGGUUGGAGACUUCUACACUGGUUUGGGUCAGGCUUGCGUUGAAGUUGGCUGCAGCGUCGACUUGUUCCUAUUUCCCAACGCAUACACAGAUGUGGCAACUCUGGCCGAGAUCCCCAGACUGACGGCUGGCCACUUGUAUAAGUACAACUGUUUCCAGGCUGAUCUACAGGGCACGCAUUUUUUGUUUGAUCUGGAGCGUGCAGUUGCCCGACCGAAAGCGUUCGAUUCUGUGAUGCGCGUCCGUACCAGCGCCGGUAUCCGGCCAGUGGAAUUUUUCGGCAAUUGCAAUUUACCCAACACCACAGACAUCGAGAUGGCUUGUGUGGAUCCGGACAUGGCGAUUACGGUGGAAUUGCGACAUGAUGACAAGCUGCAGGAUAAGGACGUCGCGUUCAUUCAGGUUGCCUGUUUGUACACUUCACUCUCUGGUCAACGGAGGUUGCGUGUUCACAAUCUGUCACUGGCUACCACCGGUUCGAUUCCUGAGGUGUUCCGUCUCGCAGAACUGGACGCGCAUAUGAACUGGCUGAGCAAAUUCUCCAUGCGGGCUUUGUGUGCGCGACCACAUGCACAUGUGGUCGACGAUAUCACAAGCCGGACCGCUCAGACUUUGGCUGCGUACCGUCGACAUUGUUCCAGUGGACCAGGCGAUAUGGGCGCGGGCCCGGGAGAGUUGGUUUUGCCACAAAAUAUGAAACUAUACCCGCUGUAUGUACAGUGUCUAAUGAAGUCGGACGCUUUCAUGCCUGCCGACAACAUCUCAAUCGAUGAUCGUGCUUGGCUCAUGUUUCUCCUCAAUAGCAUGGACGUCAAGCAGUCCAGCGCCUAUAUCUAUCCUCGGCUCUAUCCAGUGCAUGAAUUAGCGCCCAAUUUUGAGGGUCGGCUGGUUUAUCCACCUGUGGCGAUUCGGUGCUCCUACGAGUGGCUUCGCCCGGAAGGCGCCUACCUUUUAGAGAACGGAGUGAACCUUUUCCUUUGGAUCGGCGUCAACCUUCCAGCCGAAUGGAUUCAGGCGGUACUCAACGUGCCAAGCGCGCGGCAUUUUGAAGCAGAGCGGAUAUAUGAUCUUCCGCAACUGAACACUGAAAUCUCACGACAUCUCAACCAUCUGAUACGAUUGAUUCAUGAAGAGCAUUCGAGAUGCUCCCGAAUCGUCGUUAUCCGUCCUGGUGACAAGCUGGAAGGUGUUUUCAAACGGUUCCUUGUGGAGGAUCGUCACAGCGGCAACUCCGUCUCAUACGUUGAAUACCUUUGCCACAUUCAUAAAGAAGUUUGUAGUCUGCUUCGAUAAGCUACCAUCUUUGCCGCUGUCUGCCAGACCUACUUCCAUUGUCUUCACUAAACCGACCAUCACACGCCAGCUGGAAUGACUCCGAUCUCUUCACAACUCGAUGCCUUUGCCAUGUGGAUCGGGAUGCUAGUUUGCUGAGUUCUCAUUUAAACUCCCCCUUUACAAUUCUGGCAUUAUUGUUUCGUUUACCCUCUGCUCACAUCGUGCCUUGAUUCUUUUUCUCUCGGUUUACCUCUCAUUCCCUUUUUUCUCUGUCUUUCAGACUUCUCUGUUGGUUUUGUCACUGUUGUAACUUACCUAUCUUUGCCGGAAGCCCUUGCGCUGUUGACUUGUUUUUUUGGUAUAUCCCUAUACCGCUUCCCAUACACCCACACCCCACCUGCCACAUAUGGCAGACGGGUAUGUCGGCUUUCACCUUAACCAACAGGUCUAGGUCAGUUUACUGGCUUAUAUGAUGCAGAAAUGAGACUAAUUAAAGGGUUUCCCCGCAAGUUCCUUUGUGCAGAGCUGAUUAUUGACUUUGAUUCCUAUUGCUGCGUACUUACUGCCACAUCCACUGCUGUGUAAACUGUUAUGCUUUGUUCACGGUAUUUGCUAUCUCGCGGCUAAAUGCAAUUGCUCACCCUAUCUUCCACUUUACUUCUGUUCAACAACCUCAGUUCCCUCAUGGACUUUUCUUUUCUCAUACUCACGCUCUGCGUGCAUUUACGUUUGUCUGAGUUGGCAUAUAUUUGAUUUGGGCUUCGCAGUCUCGGAUAGUUCUGUCUUUCUGUAUGCCAUCAGAGGAAAACCUUGUAUUUCGUUGCUUAUUGACCACCCAUUCCUCGAUGAUCUUCUGACUCUUGAGGUAAAGCCUCUGGAGCACUUAAUCGUUCUACCUAUUCGAUUACAUUCACUACGCUAGAUUAAUGCGUUUUGGUCUAGAUUGCUCACGAAUUUAGCAGACUGCGAUUUGCUCCG